AUUAGAUAAAACAUUUAUUUAUCACAUUUCGAAGCUGUUUAAAGUUCACAUAAAUAAUGCUUUUGUAUGAACUCGAGUUAUUUAUUAAAACCCCUAGAAAGCAAAGAAAUAUACAUCUUAUCUUAUAAGAUACUGAUUAUUGCUAUACAAGUUCGAUCUAGUCCUUCGUUUAUUCGGAAAUCAUUAUAUCGAUGCUGUCCGAAAUUAUAAUCAUCUUCGCAUUCAAAAUUCGUUUUCAUUUUUUUAGAAGUCGAGGUUUAUACAUUCACCAAAAACUAACGUCAGAAAAUGGAUUUAAUAAAUGCAGCGGUAAACGUGGGCAAACAUUUAAUGGGUGGUCAUCCGUGUGAACAGAAACAUGCUCAUAACAAUGAGGAGGAUGCAAGAAUAUGCAAUAAGAACGCGGAAAGAGAGAGGCAAAAAAUAGAGAAAAGAAGUGCUGAGAAAGAUGAACUACAAAAGGAAAACAAAAAUCUAAGGGAUGAACUAAAUGUACUGAAACUGGAUCAAGUAAGAGAGAUGCAAAAAAUAGAGAAAGAAAUUGCUGAGAAAGGUGAACUACAAAAGGAAAACCAAAAACUAAGGGAAAAACUACAUUUUGAGAAACAGGAUCAUUUAAGAGAGAGGCAAGACAAAGAGAAAGAAAUUGCUGAGAAAGCUGAACUACAAAAGGAAAACCAAAACCUAAAGGAUAAACUAAGGACUACAUCACAGUGCUGUGUGGUUUCCUAGACAACAAAAGGAACAUAACCAAGUCACAGCUGAAAAAUAAAAACUUUUUUAAUUUAGUUUAUAUCUCAUAGAAUACAUCUCAUAUUGCUUUUUCAUAUUUCUUUGAUCAAGUUUUUUUUUUUAAUAUAUCGUCGUGCUAGUAUAAUAAGGUCCUAAGUGCCAUUAUGUAACAUUGCGGGAAAUCGAGCUUUAAAUUUUAGUUAACAGAAAAAUGUUACUGGACCAUGUAAUGAUGGAGAUUUUUUGCAUGAAUCAUUAAUAUGUUCUAUCAUAACUUGCAAACAAAGAUUUUACACGAUAUCUUUAGAGAUAUUUUCUAAAACCGGAUUUUUCAUUUUGAGAUAGAGCUUUUUGCUUAUUUGUACUUGCCGGAAGCUUAGAAUUAUGUUGCACCCGGAGAUAGAGCAUUUUAAAACUGCCUAGGAUAAUAUGAACUAGGAUAUAGGAUAUUUUAAAACUAAUAAAUAUGUUCAAUUCUAAUGAAAACAAAUAGGAUUAUUAUGGUAUUUGUAUAAACAAACUUAAAAUUCUGGUCAAUAAUUGUAUUUUUAUCUUUCAGAUACACAUUUUGAUAUAACUUGUGACAAAGAAAUAAAUUUGAAUAAAUUAUUUCACCUGUUGGCAUCAGUAACAUACAGGUUUUGUAAUAGAUCGCAAUAAACUACUUGUACUUUACCUGCAUUGUGAAUUUUUACAAAACUGAAACAAAAGAUUUCAACACAAUCACUUUAAAUAUUUAUCAUAUAACUAUAAGGCAAUAGUUUUUCCAACCUAAAAAAAUUCUGCAAUAUUAACGAACAAAAACACUUUAUUCACUUAGUUACAGACAAAAACUGAAUAUAAAAUCAACUCUCUGAUAAAAUGGAAAUUUUAACAUGUUUAUCUGUUACUUUGUCUUGAAUUAAUUCUUGA